AGACUGAUCAAUAUAAAAAAAAUCUUAUUAAAAAACAAAAUUUCUAAAAUUUAUUAAAACAAACAAAAAACUUGCAUUAUAAAUUUAAUUAAUACUCGAAUAUAGUGUAUUGUGUAUUUAUUUAUCAGCGUUAGCUAUAGUAUUAGAAGAAACAAAAACAAAAAAAUGACCACAAAUCUACGUCAGAUUCCCUUAACCUGCAGUGGACACACUCGCCCUGUAGUGCAUUUGGAUUUUAGUGAUGUUUGUGAUAGUGGCUACUUUUUAAUAUCGGCAUGUAAAGAUGGCAGUCCCAUGUUACGGCAGGGUGAUACCGGCGAUUGGAUAGGUACAUUUGAGGGUCACAAGGGAGCUGUAUGGGGUGUAGCUUUAAAUAAAAAUGCCACCUUGGCAGCAUCAGGUGCAGCAGAUUUUACGGGAAAAGUAUGGAAUGCCAUUACAGGCGGUGAAUUACAUAGUUUCCAACACAAACACAUUGUUAAAUCGGUGGCAUUUGAUACGAAUUCCGAGAAUAUAGUUACAGGCAGCAAUGAGAAAUUGGUACGUGUCUUUAAUCUCGAACAGCCACAGGCUGAGCCAGAAAUGUAUAGCGGUCAUGGUGGCGCCAUUAAAAGAGCACUAUUCUGUCGCAAUGAUAAGUGCAUUAUAACGGCAGCUGAUGAUAAGACCGUACGUUUGUGGGAUCGUUUGACCGGCAAUGAGGUGCAACGUCUUUCAUUCCCCAACAAUCCGAAUAGUUUAGAGAUUUCCGCAGACAAUCAUAUACUUACGAUAACUCAUGGUUCCAGUAUUAGUUUUUGGGAAGUGGAAACUUUAAAGAAACUUAAAGAAGUUAAGGUGCCCACUAAUGUCUCGUCGGCCAGUUUGCAUCCGGAUAAGCAUGUGUUUGUGUGUGGUGGUGAAGAUUUUAAAAUGUAUAAGUUCGAUUAUAUAACUGGCAAUGAAAUUGAAUCUUUUAAGGGCCACUUUGGUCCUGUUCACUCAGUGAAAUUUUCGCCCGAUGGUGAACUGUAUGCCAGUGGUUCUGAGGAUGGUACUUUGCGUUUAUGGCAAACUACUGUGGGCAAAACUUAUGGUCUCUGGAAAUGUACUGAACCUAAUGAAUUAAACAACUCUUUAAAUUCACCCCGUGAAGUACAUGCAAAUUAAUUUUAAUUUGUCCAACAUUUAUCUCCCUCCCCUCCCCUCCCCUGUCCUUUUCUAUUAUAUUUGUACUUUUUUAUAUUUAAAAUUUUUGAUUUAAUUUGCUAAAUAUCCUUUUUAAUUACUAUAAAACGGUUGAGUUGCAUUUAAACUUUAACCGGAAACAAAAAAACAAAAAAAAGUAAAAUAUUUUUUCUUUAGUUUUCUAAUUCCUAAAUGCUGCUAUUUUACUCAUAUUAUUUACAAACUUAUAUUUGAAAAAUAUUUGCUCUAAAUAUUAAACAAAAGAAUAAUGAACAAUAAUUGGUAUUAAAG